AUGAAGAAGAAUAUCACCUACCAAACCAUAAAUACAAAGCUCCAAAUGCCAACAGGUUAUUCCAUUGACGACUUUUACACAAAGAUGCAGUUGCAUGAACACUAUUGUUGUGAUGGCCGAAGGGUGUUCAAGGGUCCAUGGACACCGCAUGAAGACGAGCUUCUGAAGCAGUACAUGAAAUCCCAUGGCCACCAUAGACCUCCAUGGAUAGCGGUUCCUAAAGAAGCCGGUUUACAAAGAUGUGGAAGAAGUUGUAGGUUCAGGUGGUUGCAAUAUUUGCGUCCAACUUUGAAUCGUGAAAAUUUUACUAAAGAAGAAAUUCAACUCAUCUGUGACAUGCAGAGAACCAAAGGAAACAAAUGGUCAGAAAUUGCUAAAUUCCUACCAGGACGAUCCGAUAAUUCAAUAAAAAACGUAUGGAAUAAACACUAUAAGAAGAAAUUGAUAAACAAAAACAAAAAUCCAGCAUCUCCGUCAAUUAAUUUUUAUUCUCAACCGAUUUUUACAAGUCCUGAAAAUAAUUUCAUGAGUAGCAGUGAUGAGAAUUUUACUGGUCACGUACAGGGAACGGGAGUACAUCAUCAUGGUGAUUAUCUUUAUGAUCUUUUAACAUUGACCAAUAAUCCACCUAUUCACAUGAUGCCACCUCCAUUCCAAUCAUCACCAACCACAACUCAACAAAUCUUCCAAGAUGAUCAUACACUCUCCACCGAGAACAAUCUCUAUCUUCAGCCGAACCAUCAAUUAUUUCCAUCCCCAAUUUUCUACACACCGCCAAUCAACCAUCAAAGCAACUUUCAAGAUGAUAAAUCAUCAUCAUCAUCUAUCUGUCAUGAUCUACCUCCUUUUCCUGAGUCAUUCAUAUUUCAAAUUGACAACACAGUUUCCAUACCUACAUGUGAAACAGGCAUAAAAUCAACCUAUUAUCAAGGCUUAUAUAAUCGUGAAAAUUCAUCUGAUUGGAUGUAUCCAAGCUUUUCCUAUAAUCUAGUUCCAGAGAAACACCAGUAUGAUGAAUCCAAUUAUCUAUAUGAUCCAUCUUUGGUGGUGCCUCGAGAUCCUACUCAACUUAUAGCAGACCCUCAUCUUCGUCUUACCAGCACCGAGCAUAACAACGGCAAUUUGAUGAUCUGGAGCCAAUGUCUAAACUAA